UAAGGAAUAAAAGAGCCAGAAUUCUCAUGGAAAUGGAAUCAAGGCUUGUUCACAGAGUCACUGUUUAGCAUGUUUUCAGGCAUGAUGUCUUGCUCAAUCGCUGGAAUUUUCUGAACAGUGACAAACACUAUGGUUUCAACAGCUCUCUUAUCAGAUCCUGAAGGGACAUAACUCGUAUAGCAUGUUUUUCAGCCCACAUUUUUCAGCUUUGUGCCUGUCUGGAAAGGCACUUCUCUGUGGGUGAUGUCAGAUGCAAGGAUUUUCCAAAAUGCCAAAGUGCGCAGCAGGAUUUGAGUGGCUGUACUCGAGUAUCACACAACAUGCCUUCUAAGUUCACAUCUACACACUGGCACAGAAGAAUGCCACUUCCUCGAUUUCUCUCUCCUUUUCUCUAAUCUUUCUUCCCUUAAGGACACCUGACCACCCCCUCAUCCUUGCUUGUUCAGCGACACUCUCCCUCUGCGUUACACCCCAGAUUCAGUUUGUGCACUCUCCAGGUUCUGAGGGAGGCUUCAAUUUCACCCGGGAGUGAACUGGUAGAGAUGAAAGCAGGAAGAGAAACUGGCUUUGAAUGAGAGCCAGGUUACUAAAUACUAACCUCAAGGAUUCAACAUGCAGGAAUUCAGAGCUCGUGUGAAAAGAGGUAACUGGCAGAGCAAUGGCAUUUUAAAUCGAUGCAUGGAAGGUGAUACAGACAACUUGGCAAAGCCAACCUUACCCAUUAAGACCUUCCGUGGAGCUCCCCCGAAUUCUUUUGAAGAGUUCCCCCUUUCUGCCAUAGAAGGCUGGACAGGAACCACCACAACUGUAAAAAUUAAGUGCCCUGAAGAAAGUGUUUCAAAUCUCCAUGUGAAUAAUGCUACCAUGAGGUACCUGAGCAGCUCUUUAAGUACCAGACUGAUACCUGCCAUCUACAUCCUGGUGUUUGUAGUAGGUGUGCCAGCCAACGUGGUGACCCUGUGGAUGCUCUUCUUCAGGACCAGAUCCAUCCGUAUGAACAUCUUCUACGCCAACCUGGCCAUUGCAGACUUUCUUUUUUGCGUUACACUGCCCUUUAGAAUAGCAUACCAUCUCAAUGGGAACAACUGGGUAUUUGGAGAGGUCAUGUGCCGGGCCACCACAGUCAUCUUCUACGGCAACAUGUACUGUUCCAUUCUGCUCCUCGCCUGCAUCAGUAUCAACCGCUACCUGGCCAUUGUCCAUCCUUUCACUUACCGGGGGCUGCCCAAGCGCACCUAUGCCUUGCUAACGUGUGGAUUGGUGUGGACAACGGUUUUCUUAUAUAUGCUGCCAUUUUUCAUUCUGAAGCAGGAGUACUAUCUUGUCCAGCAGGACAUCACCACCUGCCAUGAUGUCCACAACACAUGCGAGUCCUCGUCUCCCUUCCAACUCUACUACUUCAUCUCCUUGGCAUUCUUUGGAUUCUUAAUUCCAUUUCUGGUCAUCAUCUACUGCUACACAGCCAUCAUUUGGACGCUUAAUGCAAAAGAUCGUAGGUGGUUGUGGUAUGUUAAGGCGAGUCUCCUCAUUCUUGUGAUUUUUACCAUUUGCUUUGCUCCAAGCAACAUCAUACUCAUUAUUCACCACGCAAACUACUACUACAACAACGCCGAUGGCUUAUACUUCAUCUAUCUCAUAGCUUUGUGCCUUGGUAGCUUGAAUAGUUGCCUAGAUCCAUUCCUUUAUUUUCUCAUGUCAAAAAUCACAGAUCACUCCACGGCUUACCUUACAAUGGUGAAAUCAUCUUAGAGAACAAGGAAAGCUAUGUGUGAAAACAUACACUCUUGGGAUAACAUAUGUAUACUGCAAGGACCUCUAUUCUCUAGCUCCAUUUGUGAGCCCUAAGAAAUGGUAUUUCAAAAUAAAACAUUACAUAAACAGUAACUUAAAAAAAACCCUAUCAGUAUUUUAAGAAUGAAAAUUCAGGAGAAAAAGGUAUCUCUAUCUGCCUGACUGGUACUUCAAGUUCUUUAAAUCUCCAUCUUCCCUACUUCUAAGAGGUUUCUAUUCUAGAUGAUCUGGAGGAGGAGGAUGGAACGGGAGGCAAGGGUGCAGCAUUGGGGGAGCUAAGAUCUCAGUUUUAGUGUCUGGGGUCAUUUGUAAUUCUUCUGCCUCCCUCAGUUCUCAUGCUGGUCGCUGCCUCAUCAGCUGAUUCUAUGUGUGUAAUGUCUCUCAGUAGGGUCCGUUAUCCUAGCCCCACCUUUGCUUUCUAACCGUUCGUCACUGCCAGCCUAUCCUCCACUUCUCAGGCCACUGCCAGAUUAAUCAUCCUCAAAUACCAGUUUGAAUACAUCACUCAAAACCCCCAGUUCAGAAACCUCCAUUGACCAUUCACUGCUUUGGAAUUAUAAAUCUUUAGCUUAGCAUUCAGGCUAACACUAACUUUAUUUCCCAAAAAACCUGGCAUGUGAUCUAGGCACCUGCUGAGCUUCUUGCUUUGCUGUGAUCUAGACUUCUCCUCACUUUGCCCCUGCCACUAACCGGGAAGCUAUUUCUAAUAUGUUUGCCUUAAUUCUUCCCAACACUCAAAGUCCUCAAAGGACCAUUCUUCCCUGACUCUCUAGCCAGAGUUCAUUUUUCUCACCUGAACCUUCAAAGCAUUUUUUGGUAUUUUUAUUAUGGCAUUUAUAUAGGGCUCAUUUAUAUACAAAUAUUAAUUCCAUAAGCACUUAUUAAGCACCAUGUGUAGUAGAGAAGGGGCCUGUCCUCUUCCUUAAGCUUCUUGUAGCAAUGCCAGGCCCAAGUCUUCCCAGGGUCUGUGGAGACAGGCUCCAUGCUUUGCACAUCAUGUGGCUGAAUGAAUGAAAGAAUAAAAUCCCAAAGCAUCUAAACAGCAUGAAAGCCAAUUAAAUUCAUACUGAAAAGGCAAAGUAUUCCGUAUGACAUGGCACAUUAUUUUUGGUUGGCUAUAUUAAAAAAAAAAAAAAGAAAGAAAGAAAGCUAAGGAUAUAUUCAUGAGGUCAUUUAUAAAUUUAAAAUAAUGACUCCAUUAUUUUUGUCCUUAUACCUAGUUUUUAAUGGGGAAAUGAUAUUUUGUUAUAAAUGCCCAGUACAUUCCUGUAGGGAAGUGACUAUAUUUCCCUUAGUUUAGAGAUUAGACAGAAGGUGGAAUAUCAGUGGUUAAGGGCAUGAAGGACUGUGAGAUGAAUUUUCAAGUCUGUAGGAAUGUGCAUUGACCAUAUACUUUGUAGUGCCUAUCAAAACAAUAAAAAAACAUUUUAAAUGCC